CUCUGUGCCAUCAUCGCCCCGAACAGCCCGAAGCGCGAGAGGACUGAAUAAGUUGAGUAAUGACCUAGGAAAAGAACUCAACUUUCACCAAUAACCAGCCAAUAUGCUCUUCACAAAAGACUUCACGAGCAUGUCUCGUGAAGAGAUUCUUCAGCUGGCAGAGCCAACAGAAGAAUAUCAAGAAAUGAUGGAUGUUUGGCCGCCUGUGAGGAUCGACUGGCAGGACACGAAAAGUACUCUGGCCAAGGUCCGUAUGCAAACCGAACUCGCAGACGAACUGGACGAACCAGAUCGAGAUGUCGAGGAGACCUUUCGCCAGUUUCCUGCAAGGGAUGGCUACCAGCUCACUCUUCGAAUCUUCACGUCAAGACGACACACUGUUCCGAAUGGGUCUAUUGUGGUGCUCUGGCAUGGCGGAGGAUGGGUGAUUGGCAGUCCAACAAUGACGGCAGGUAUCGCACGAUCACUGUGCAAACGAUUCGGUUGCCUGGUACUCGCACCUAAUUAUCGCCUUGCCCCCGAGCAUGUCUGGCCCACUAGCUUGAAUGAUGCUUGGGAUAGCUUCAAUUACAUCCGAAACGAGUACGAUGAAGAGGCCGAACGACACUUCAUCAUCGGUGGUAUUUCCGCCGGUGCUCAUAUGGCGCUGGUGAUCGCACACAUGGCCAAGGAAGAAAACCUGGAGCCCAAAAUCACUGGCGUGUACUCAGCAUGUGGUUCCAUACAGCCGUUGAACGAGGGAGACCUCGAUCCUGUCUAUCGUGAGAGGUACCUCAGUCGCACGCAGCCAGAAUGUGCAGACAAUCCAGUGCUUUCGAAGGAGAUGAAGAAAUUCAUGACGGACUGCGCUAAGGCUGAUCCGACCUCGAAGUCUUGUAUGCCACUGCUCUGGCCUGGUAACGAGAAACACGAGGGGCUUCCGAAGGUCUAUCAGCAAGUCUGCGGCCGAGACUACAGCCGUGACGAAGCACUUAUUUUCGAUGAUAUACUGAAGAAGAAUGGAGGGAAGUCGCGAGUCAAUUUGUAUCCUGGACUGCCACACUGCUUUUGGCUUGCGCUGGGAGGGAUUCCAGAGUAUAGACAAUGGGAGCAAGACACUAUUUCCGGCUUUCAAUGGUUACUAAGCAAUAACUAGACGGAGACAGCUUGACUAACAAGGAGAAACCCAUGAUUCCAGCGUUCUGGUUCUCAGCACCGA